AACUCAUCAGAGAGACACCGGCCAGGAACGUGCUCACUGCCCACUCCACAAACAGCAACUAAACAAAAUGGCAGACACAGCCGUUGCAGCUCCCGCCGACAAGAAGGCACCUCCCAAGUUCAAGCAGAGGACCACUCGCACCUUCAAGAGCAAGGCUCCCAAGCCUGGCCAGAAGGGAUUUGGAGAUGACAUCCCUGGGAUGGAGGGUCUCGGCACAGACAUCACAGUGGUUUGCCCAUGGGAAGCCUUCGGCGACAUGGAGCUGAGCGAUCUGGCGAAAUAUGGCAUUGUCUAGAUCCCCUCCUGUCUUCCCGCCGUACCUCCCUGCACUUGUUUUCCUCCAAACCCAUCCUCCUCCUUCCAAGGCCCUCAGAAGCUCUGCACUGUCACUGUUACAGUUUGUUUCGCCACACCGCACUCAAAGUUUCAUAUGGAUUUUUGGAAAACAAAGCACAACCUUUGCCACCCGCGGCAGAUCCAAAAGGACUCACUGAUCGAUACAUGACAAGUUGUGAAACUGAUGGAUGUGAUUAUGUAAGAUACACAUUGUAAAUAUAUAUUUAUAUACGCUUUUGUUGAGGAAUUUGUGCUUUGAGCGACUCCCCCCAAAAAGUGGGAAAGCUGCGUUGUCCUCUUCCCACACUUCGCUCCUGGCUUGUGCAUCGUGACAGAGAAAAGAAAGGACGAGGGCUUUUGUAUUCGAGAGGGUUUGAUCGCUGCUGUCAUGAUGUUUCAACCGCAGCUCCCUCCUCCUCCUCCUCCUCCUCCUGCCUUCUCCUUGUCCUCACCUCCCUCCUCAAGGAGCAAUUCUUUCUUUAUAUACAGAUAACUAUUUAUUUAUGGAAGAUGUCAAAUUUUAUUUUUUUUUUUUGGGAUGUGAAUGUAAACUGGGAG